AUGAGGCUAAUCAACACGCGGACCCUAAAGCUUCACCAGUUCCACGGCAAGCCGCCACCUUACGCCAUUUUGUCCCAUACUUGGGGCCAAGAGGAGGUGUCUUUUCAAGAUUUCCACUUGCCAGAUCAGCGAGAAAAGCUAGCUGGAUUCUCUAAAAUCAGAUCUACUUGCAAGAAAGCAUAUAGCCACGGCUUGGAUUACGCAUGGGUUGAUACGUGCUGCAUUGAUAAGACGAGCAGCGCAGAACUUAGCGAAGCAAUCAAUUCCAUGUUCAAGUGGUACAGAAACUCAUCAAUCGCUUAUGCAUUCUUAGAGGACUACCCAUCUCCAAAAGUCGAGAAAAGUGCUCUCAAUACAACAUAUGUUGGCUUUGGCCGUAGCCGGUGGUUUACUCGAGGCUGGACAUUGCAAGAGCUUAUCGCACCCCAGCGACUCGAAUUCUACAAUAAGUCAUGGGAAAAAAUUGCAGAAAAGGCAGCUGUUGCAAAGCAACUUGCGGUGAUCACGGGGGUUGAUGCCUUUGUUCUCGACGGCUCGGGCCCCCUUCAGCAGGUCAGUGUAGGAAGACGUCUAAGUUGGGCUGCCAAUAGGGAAACAACUCGCGAGGAAGAUCUUGCAUAUUGUUUAUUCGGACUGUUUGAUGUUUAUAUGCCCCUAAUCUACGGGGAAGGAGGGAGGGCUUUUCUUCGACUACAGGAACAUAUUCUUCAACAAUCUGAUGACCACACCAUCUUCGCCUGG